AUGGAGAAUCGUAAUGAUAUCCCAGGCACUCCAGGAAGGACAGGAGCAGCAUCUCCGAGCUCUGGCGGGCGAGGAGGCCCACACCCAACCGCACUAAAGCGCAAGCUCACACUCCUACAACUCAUUGACGAGCUAUCUGCUCUCAAGGAAGAUGACCACGGUCUUCACGCUAUCGAGGAGAAGCGAGAAAAGGACCACUUCAUCGAGGUCGACACAGGCGAAAACGUAUCGAAAGAGGAAAGGGAAGGUGCCGAGAUGUUUCGAAAGUUUGACAAGAGUAUCAGUAGUCUUGACCAAGGCCUGCUGAGUUUCCAAACCGCGGCUCGACAGCUUGGUUCCUCUGUAGGCUUGCUCGCAUCUGCCCAUCAACUCCGUACACGCCUGCAUACGAUUCAAGCACUCUUCCACGAAAACGCUGCGGACAUAUUUCCAACUCAGAUCAAAAGCAAGGCCAUUGAUAUUGAACCGCUCAAGCCUAAAACGAAGCGGAACAAGAAUAAUCCGAGGGCGCGUAGCAAUAGCAGAGCAUUACUCCUGCGCAGAUCCACCGUCACAGUUGCACCGGAACUAGAUACCUUGCCAGCCGAGCUAUUCGCUCUCUCGAGAGACGUCAAAGCAUUCUUAACACAUCUCGAAGAGUUUCCCGAGUUUGUCGACGAGGCUCUUAACGAGUCCAUUACUGCCUUUGAGAUGGACUUGCAGUAUCGCGCCGACUGUCUCUCCGAAUACCAAGACCAAUUUCGGUGGAAAGCGGUCCAAAAAUACGUUCACGGGGUCAGCAUGGAGAUGACGCUUCACCUUGAUAUUAUCACUCGCGCUCUCCAAGAGUUUGUGGCCAACGGAGUACCCGCCAUACGCUUCGCGCAGAAGCAUAAUGGGGACAAUCUGCUCAACUUGUCGACUAUAGCGACGUUUUUCAGUGGCGUCACCGCAACGGCAGCACAGUAUUCGUUCGAUAAAAGGGAGAAACCAUUGGAUCGGGUCACCAACUUGAUGUUCUUCGGCUCGCUCGUCCUCAGUAUCUCAGCCGCAAUCAACAGUCUACUAGGUCUGACGUGGAAGCGGGCGAUGUAUCGUUCCCCAAGACAUCGCGUCCCUUGGUGGGUGUUGAUUUGGAUCAAAAGAUCUCCUUUGGUCCUCAUGGUCAUCUCUGUUGGACUGUUUAGUACAGGCUUGGUGUGCUUUUGCUACGCCACCCAACCCUUCCUCGUCUCCAUCUUUGUCCUCGUCCUCACCUGUUUCUGUACCAUGGGACUACUCGCGGUGUCCGCAUGGUUCACCGCUGAGCGCUGGAUUUACAGCAAACAUAAUGGACUCAGAUGGCUUUCCGACGUACUCAGCGACCAAUGGGAGUCUUUCAUCCGGUAUCCGCCUGUCCGGUUCAUUCGCUACAUACCACGGCGGAUACUUGCCGCAUUCCGUAGACUCUUUGCACCGUGUUUACCCAACCAGGAUGAGAGCAUUAUCGAAGACGGUCUGCCGUAUGCAAAUGGGGGUGACAAUCGAGCUAGCGCCUCUCCAUCUCCGAUCAACUAUAGACCGUCGGCACUGGACUUGUCGGAGAAGGGAAUGAGUCCGUUGGACAGCCCCGUCGUCUCUUCACCGCGACUGGAUAGGGCUUCCGAAGACGAUGUGGGGAUCUCGUCCCCCGUACGCUCACCCGCGCGAAUCUUUUCACUUUCAAGUGCACUCUCCGACUCUACGACCAGGAUCGAUACUUCCGCCACGUCAACUGCUCCGCCCGCUCCUCCACCCCCGGCUCUCAGUAAACUCCGCCAGAUUGCGUGGAAGGUGGCGGAUAAUCAAAAAGAGACAUCUUCGAUUGGGUCUAAUCCUACAGCACGCUCUAUGACCAUCUUGGCGGACCAGGCAAAGCGACGGGAGACUGGAGACGGCAAGAGCAACGAGGUGGUACGGCAACCGACUCGUAUUGGAACGAUACGGCCUGCUUUGAAAAAGCUUCAAGUUACCCAUACGAUAUUUGAUCAUACCGGACUAGUGCGACAUGUGCAGUUUAGCCCGAAUGGCAAGAUGCUCGCCACGAGUGGUUGGGAUGGCACGGCACGUUUGUAUAUUGUCCCGACGGACCCAAAUAGUGCCGUCGAACGCGGAAAGGUUAUGGCGGUCUCUGAAGGGUUUAUCAACCAGGUCGCAUGGAGUCCGGAUGGUAACUGGUUGUUGACGAAGAAGUCGCACGCGAUUCAAGUCUGGUCGACCGAAACUGCGGUGCGCAAGCAUAACAUUCGACGUGCGUCCAGUGUCGUCAAAUCUGUUUGUUGGUUCCCGUCGAGCAAGUCCUUCCUUUCCGUCGAGGAAAGUCAAGUGGUGCAGUUUGGCUUGGAUGGCGAAUUGCAAGAGACGUAUGAACUUGACCGCCUCAAUCUCUGGGAUGUCGGCAUCACCCCAGAUGAGGAACGGAUGCUCGGAGUCGCAGAGUUGACGAAGACCAAGAGUGGCCUGCAACCGAGAAUGUCCAAAAUCGAAAAGCGCGUUGUCGUCUACAAUCUGAAGGAGAAGAAGGUCGAAAGUUUGGUGCCGGUGCUUGAUGAGGUCAGAGACAUCACCAUUUCUCGUAGCGGUCAAUACGCGCUUGUCAGUUCAGAGAACAAGGGUCCUCCUCAAUUACUGAGAAUGGAUAUUGUCAAUGGCGUCGGGCGCUUGGUUCCCGCACAGACCUAUCUACCGAAGCACGAUGUCGACUUUGCUGGGCCAUCUUACUUUGCUGGAGUAGACGACGAGCUUAUCAUGGUCCCAACAAAGAGCGGCGAUAUCCUUCUCUGGGACCGUCAAAGCGGACAACUUUUACAUGCCUUGCGAAACAAAGACGUGGGAGAAAACGACCUGACGAGCGUGGCUUGGAACUACGCCUUACGAAGACCGAUGCUCGCGUCUGGCGAGCAUGAUGGCUCCGUCCGAAUCUGGAUGUCCGCAUCAUCUGAGCGAGAGAUGAGUCGGGAAAAAGGGAGAACUUCAGAGCCGAUCGCACCAAUAAUGUAUCCGGAUAUACUUACUACCUCGCCGCCAUCCACGUCUCGACAGCAAACGUCGACGACAGAUCAGGUGGCACACAAUAUUAUCGAAGUUCGAAGGCGGUCAUCGAUGGAUGGGUCUGUUGAUGGUGACCGAGGUGGUGGGAGGGCAAGGCGAGUUGAUUCGCCUGUCCCUUCUCAUUUUUCGACGGAUCGAUGA